AUGGCGGAGGACACCACCACCUCGCCGGCGGUGGCAACUCCCGCGGCCCAUGCCAACGCCGCAAAGGAUGCGACUGUCUCGCCACCACCCACAGCCUCGACCUCGACGGCAUCAUCCUUUACUUCAUCCCAGCAGGGCGAUGCCGUGCAACCGCCAUCAUCGUCCGUGCCGCAGGACACGUUGACCACCGUCGAAAAGAGUGACCGUCCAGCYCGGCCGGUUGUACAGAAGCGCCCCACUCUCUCAUCGCGCAUCACCCGCAUGUUCUCACAGCGCGAUGCCAACGAUGUUGCUCGGGACGGAGGAAAGCGCGAAGCCAACGACAAGAUACUCGAGUCUACACUGGAGGAUACAGGCAGUGGAUCAGACGCACGUCCGGACUUGCCGUCUAGAAGUUCGUCAAAGAAGGAGAAGAUGAGCUCCGCCGCUCGGAACGGAUCUGAUGUUAAGAAGGAGAAACGUGACGAUGCGGCGCAGACUGCGGCUUCGAAGAGAUUCUGGGUGGAUGACAACGGCGAACACUUCCACCAGCUCAAAGGCGCAAAACGACAGGAUAAGUUAUCCGACAUGUUUCGUGACUUGAUGCUCGGCAAGAAGAAGGAGCACGGCGAGGAACAGCCGCUGUCCCUGAUGUCAAGCUGGGUCGACCAGAUCAAGAAUGAAAAGGACAAGAUGGCCAGGGAGAAGAGGGAUGGUCCUAAUGCGACCGUGUCUCUUGUCCAAAAGUAUGGCAAGUGUCAGGAGAUUGUCGGCCGUGGUGCGUUUGGAAUCGUUCGCAUAGCACACAAGGCAGAUCCAAACAACUCAAAACAAGAGCAACUCUACGCCGUCAAGGAGUUCCGCCGGAGACCGCAGGAAGACUCGAAGAAGUACAGCAAACGACUCAACUCGGAAUUCUGCAUAUCCUCAUCAUUACGGCAUCCCAAUGUUAUCCACACCUUGGACCUACUUGAGGAUGCAAAGGGAGACUACUGCGAAGUCAUGGAAUUCUGCGCUGGCGGCGAUCUGUACUCACUAGUACUAGCCAAUGGCAAGCUGGAAGUCACCGAGGCCGAUUGCUACUUUGCCCAACUCAUGCGUGGCGUCGAGUACAUUCACGAAAUGGGCGUCGCACAUCGCGACCUAAAACCGGAGAAUCUUCUCCUCACCACACAUGGCGCACUGAAGAUUACCGACUUUGGAAACGGCGAGUGCUUCCGCAUGGCGUGGGAAACAGAACCACACAUGACGGCUGGUCUUUGUGGCAGUGCUCCUUACAUUGCUCCGGAGGAGUACACGGACAAGGAGUUUGACCCUCGUGCUGUCGAUGUAUGGGCUUGCGGUGUCAUUUACAUGGCCAUGCGGACCGGCAGACAUCUAUGGCGUGUGGCAAAAAAGGACGAGGACGAAUUCUACGAAAACUACAUUCGUGGGAGAAAGAGCGAGGAAGGCUACGCUCCUAUUGAGACUUUGCAUCGGGCGCGCUGUCGAAAUGUCAUUUACAGCAUCCUCGACCCCAACGCAAGUCGCAGAAUCAGUGCGCAUCAAGUGCUCAAUUCCGAGUGGGGAAAGGGGAUCAAGCUUUGCAAGGCUGGAGAGCAGGGUCUCUAG